AUGGCCAAAAGCACAGUCAUCCCCCCCGCCUUCCAGCGCGAGACGCCCGUAACCCUAGAUGAGAUCCUCAGCGGGAAUCUCAUCGAUGAACUCCACGGCCUCUUAUACCACAUCGACCUCCGCGUCUACAGUCUCAUCGGCGAGUUCGAGCUCUUCUCCGGCCCGCUGCGCCUCUUCGAUGACCUCCUCUACAUUCAAUGCACGCUGCUCCAAUCCUACCAGGUGGUCAGCAAAGCGCCCUUUGCGGCCUACAAGAUCCUUCCAUUCCGCCGCCGCGUCACCGAGCUGCUGUCGCUGCUAUGGAGGCUGGCGCAUCUCGUCGGGUGGACGGGAAACUCUGUUGUAAAAUUACAACCGCGGCAGUUUUACGCCGAGGUGAGAGACGCGUUUUUAACAUUUUGGAAUGAUAUAAGGAGAGGGUUUGGGCCGUUGAAGGAAGUGCUGGAGGGGGUAACGCAUAUGUAUGUGCUGAUGUGGAAUGACCUGUUGUUUCAUGAGUGGGAGGUGGUGGAGAAGGUGUGGGAGCUUUUUAUAAGGGAAAGUAGUGGUUUCGGUGUGAGGGUGCCUCGUGACUAG